UUGAUAAGUGAUAAUAACAUCUAUUUAUUAAUGUUUACUUACACAAUUCUGUGUAUGUACAUCAAUAAAUUGAAAAAACAUAUAAAAUCAGCAUAACAUAAUCAGAAUCACCGACGAUAACCCACAAGCCGAGAACUGUUCAUUUAUAUCGCUAUUACAGUUUUAAUCAUAUCGUGUGUGAGUUUCUCAGCAAUGAAAAUUAUCAACGCAACAAACUUGAUUUAAGAGCAAAAACAUGACGUGUCUAGCCCUAUGUGCUUUCAUCCUUGCAUCGAACGCAAUGUUCAUUUCAGCAAGAUACAUGGAAGCAGUUUUUGAAUGGAAAUACAUAGAUUAUUUAUGGAUAUCCGAAGUUACAAGACAAGAAGCAAUUCAAAAUGGAAUUUAUGAUUUUUCCCGUAUCUUACCCAUGGAUGUUGAUAAAUCAAAAGAUGGGCGAAUAUUCAUAUCAUUUCUUGGAAUGACUGGAGUACCAGCAACAUUAGCUACAGUUACUGAACAAAAAGGACCGUCAGGGCCGUUGGUAAAACCAUAUCCUGAUUGGUCAUGGUUUAAGAAAGGUGACUGUGAUUCAAUAACAAGUGUCUACAGAAUAGCGAUUGAUGAAUGUAAUAGAUUAUGGGUUUUAGACACAGGAUUUUUAGAAGGACAAGAUAUAUUAUGUCAACCUCAAUUAUUAACAUUUGACCUUAAUACGAAUAAAUUAAUCAACAAAAUAAAAAUACCUAACCAUAUUGCAAGAAAUAAAAAAAAUGAAACUUUACUAUCAAAUCCAAUUGUAGAAACUGAAGGGUUGUUCUGUGAAAAAACAACGGUAUUUAUAGCUGAUACGUUUGGUCAUGGUAUUAUAGUAUGGGAUGGUGAACAGAUAUUUCGUUUAGAAAGUCAGUUAUUUAAGUACAAUGAAGAAGCCAAGACUAUUAGUGUUGGUAAUCAUACUCUUGAGCUUGCCGGCGGAAUCCUUGGAAUGGAUAUCUCACCGAAAAUUUUUCCAGGCGAAUCACGCUUUCUUUAUUUUCGCCCUUUGGCUUCGUUUGAUAUUUAUUUUGCAAAUACAAAGCAGCUUAGACGCGGUGGAACUGGUGAUUCAAUCAAUUUUCUUGGACGCCAAAAUAUAUUAAGUAGUCAGGCGGUAGGGCAAGCGUUUUCAUCUGAUGGGACAUUAUUUUUAGGAAUGACUAAAGAGAUUGCUAUUGGCUGCUGGAAUCGAUACAAAACACUCGAUAAGAGCAAUAUCGAAAUAGUUUCACAGGAUAAUGAGCGUCUACAAUAUGCAAAUGGAAUCAAAGUUAUUACAAUUUCGAAUAAUCAAACAGAUGAAGAAUUAUGGGUAUUGACAAACCGUUUUAUAGGAUUCCAACUUGGUCAACUAAAUAGCAACGAAAUUAAUUUUCGUGUACUAAAAAGUCCUGUAAAAACACUCACAACUGGUACAAAAUGUGAAAUUUCUGCAAAAACUCAAUUUGCAUAUGAACAAAUUAACAAAGACGAUGGUACACUUAUAUUACAAGAUUAGUCUAAAUAUUUUAUGAUGCACAAAAUAUUUAUGACUAACUGUGACGGAGCUAACUUUAAUUGUAGUUUUAUUUUUAUCUGUAAUCUUAGUUUUUUCCU